CACUUUCCCAUCCAUAUCACAGAACAAUUCUUCCAACGCUUGGUUUUGGCCAGCGGGACGGGUGCCAAGCCUUGAUCUCGAGGCAGAACGCGAAAAUGAGCUUUGAACAGAGCAGCUAAAUGGACUUAGCAACGCGAACGCGCCAACAAAACGCGCUGCAUAUUUGAGUUUGCCUGCCCGCACAAUCAGCCAUCCAGGUACCUUCUUCACCUCUGUCUGUGGUGAAAUAAAUAGCUGAAUGAACGCCUGGUCUUUCAAAAAGUAAUAUAUCAAACCAUUCUUGCAUAUUUCUCUAUAUAUUUCUCUCCUGUUUGAUCCGCCUCUAUUAUUCAGCUCAAAUUAGGCGUUCAUCUAAGCUACUUCCCCCGCCUGCUAUCCUUAUACUCCCUGCACCCUUCUUAACUGCAAUCGUCAUUAAAAAACUGUCAAGAUGCUUGAAGCACGUUUAGAGCAAGCUAGCAUGCUGAAGAGGGUCGUCGACGCAGUCAAAGAACUCGUACAAGACUGCAACUUUGACUGCAGCGACACUGGCAUCUCUCUCCAAGCCAUGGACAACUCUCACGUCGCCCUCGUCUCCCUCAACCUCAAAGCUGAAGGCUUCUCUCCCUACCGUUGCGACCGUAACAUAGCUCUCGGAAUCAAUCUUACCUCUCUCCAAAAGGUCCUUCGAGCUGCACAAGACAAUGACAUUAUGACCCUCAAGGCGGAAGAUUCGCCCGAUGUAGUUAAUUUGGUGUUCGAGAAUGCACAAACUGACCGGUUAAGCGAGUACGAUAUCAAACUUACGGACAUCGAUCAGGAGCAUUUGGCUAUUCCGGAUACGGAGUAUGCGGCUAUGGUGGAUAUGCCAGCAACGGAGUUUCGGCGGAUCUGCAUGGAUUUGGCCAACUUAUCUGAGUCAGUCCUGAUCGAGGCUAGCAAAGACGGUGUCAAAUUCUCCUGCCAGGGUGACAUCGGCAACGGGUCUGUCACUCUCCGUGGACACACCAGCGUCGACAAGCCUGAUCAGAACGUCACCAUCUCCCUCACUGAACCUGUCGCCCUCACAUUUUCUGUCAAAUAUCUUAUCAACUUCUGCAAGGCUACUAGCUUGUCCAAUACGGUGCGGCUCAGCAUGUCGCAAGAUGUGCCGUUGUUGGUGGAAUAUGGACUGGAGGGAAGCGGAAGUCUGAGAUAUUUCCUUGCACCAAAGAUUGGCGAUGAGGAGUAAAUUUGACGAGUUACGUAGUAAUAAGGACUCUGAAAGAUCCUUAUUUCGCAUAAUGAAAUACUACUGAAUGCCAAUGAUGUUGCAGAUUAUAUCGCCUGAGUGACUUCUACGUGUCAGCAAUUUGACGUAGGAAAUAUGUUUAAAGCGACCCUUGAUAUGGAAACCAAGCUGUACGGAAGACAUGUUAUUCAUUCUAUUUGCAGAUUUGUAAAAGUACAUGUCCAUAUCUUG